ACUUCCGUCACCCAGAGAUGACGUAUUAAUUGGCCGUCGGCCCUUAGGUGUGUAGUUGUCGUUUGUGCAGCUACAAUAUUUUGCGUGAGUGCACUACCAGGGCAGACUUCGCGUCGCCACAAUGGGUGAAAGAAAAGGAACAAACAAAUACUACCCUCCAGAUUUUGAUCCAGCCAAACAUGGAUCUCUCAAUGGCUACCACAAGACCCACGCUCUACGGGAGAGAGCCAGGAAACUGUCCCAGGGCAUCCUCAUUAUCAGGUUUGAAAUGCCCUACAACAUCUGGUGUGAUGGCUGCAAAAAUCACAUUGGGAUGGGGGUUCGUUACAACGCUGAGAAGAAGAAGGUGGGGAACUACUACACCACGCCAAUCUACAGGUUUAGGAUGAAGUGCCACCUCUGUGUCAACUACAUCGAGAUGCAGACGGAUCCAGCGACUUGCGACUACGUUAUCGUGAGCGGAGCAAGCAGGAAGGAGGAACGCUGGGACAUGGCUGAAAAUGAGCAGAUCCUCACCACAGAGCACCAAGAGAAGGAGAAGCUGGAGACCGAUCCCAUGUACAAGCUGGACCACGGUGGGAAAGACAAGGAAAAGCUCACAAAGGCUCUGCCUUCGCUGUCAGAGAUCCAGGACUACCAGUCCAGCUGGAAGGAUGACUUCCAGCUCAACAGCACCCUCCGGAGGAAGUUCAGAACGGAGAAAAAAGUUUUGGCCGAGCAGGAGGAGAAAGACAACGCAGUGAGAAUGAGGACCAACCUUUCUAUCCCACUUCUGCCAGAGAAAGAAGAGGACAAAAAACUGGCAUCACUUCUCACCUACCAGGCCCCCGACUCCUAUGAGGACAAGCAGCACAACAAACGGAAAGAGAUCUCCUCCCGUUCAUGGUUCAACUCCAGCUCAACGCCACCAGGAGGCGCUGCAGUCAGUCUGCUGCAUAAGAUCAGCCUGCAGGGGAAAGAAGCAGCAGUGGCCAAAGCUCUGGGAUCCUCGCAGAGCCCACUGAUCCGCAGGCGCACGGUCGCGUCUGGGAGCAAAGGCGAACGCAGCGCCACCGUCGCCCGCAGGAAAUCCUCCCCUGAAGUCGGCUCAUGUGAUGGCGAGACGUUAAAGGUCACGCGAAGAGAGGAAGCACCGUGUUCUGUAGCAACACGAGAGGGUCCGAAAGUAGCAGAGGUGAGUGGUCCGGGCUUCAAGGAGGAAAAAAGAACAGAAACAAACGCAAAAGACUUUGAGAAGGAUCUGGGCAAAUGUUCGGGAGGACUCACAUCUCUGGUGGCAGACUACAGCGACUCGGAUUCAGACCCUGGACAAUGAUGAGCUAAACGGGACAGUUUGUGUUUCCAGUGAAGGACUUUAAGUGUCUUAAACCGAAGAAGACGAUCACAGACGCGUUACGAUCAAAUCAGCUGGGAGAGUAAAAUUUAUUUAGGUUCAAAAUGAUUUUACUUAACACUAAUGCUGUCGUUGGUUCCAGAGAUUUAUGCUAUUUAUAAAAUGUUUUACCUCUAGCUUCACGUCUUACAUACGUCUUUGCUUUUGCGAGGCUCUUUUGUGACGUUAUAAUUUAAAUCCAGUCAGUUUUCAGGUCAGACGGUUCUUUCAAGGGUGAAGCUCCUGUUCACGUUUUACUCCAUCACAUGUGGACGUAACUCAUGGUACGGGAAAUACCAUAUAUUUAAAUGAAUACAUCUGAAGGGUUUAUAAUUCGAUGCCAGAUGUUUCAAAUGAGGAUUGCAGAUUGUAUUUCAAAUAAUAUCUGUAUCUGACCCAGCUUAAAAUAUGUAUUUUUGUUUUAGAUUCACACGUGUGAUCAAACUGCAGAGAAACGUGUAAACGUUAACUGGAAAUAGUGUGUAAAUAACUGCAAACUUUUAGUUUUUUGCUUUUUUUUUGUACAGCAUACACGCAAAAACAAACAAACAAACAAACAAACAGUAAAUGGAUUUAUCGAAGUCACGAGUAAAUUUUUGUACAGUCAGACUCAAUAAAUGGAGUCUCAGAUAAAAGGCAGGAGUCACAACACUGGAGGUCAUGAUUUAUCAGGAGAAGGUGGAGCAGAGAGAAGGAAAGCUCCACUUCACACGAACUGUAGGGAAAAGUUAAUGAAAAGAAGCUGAUUGUCUCAGAGAACGUUAACAAACAGAUGCUUAAAUUGAGAAUGAAGUGAUGUUGACAACGUGGGAAGUGAUAGAAAAUAACGACGAAGCCGAAAUGUACCAAAUGGAUACAUAAAGCAUAGAGACACAAUGUGUAAACCAAUUUUUUCUAUUGAAAUUUUGCCUAACAUCACAUCUAUUGUCCCGGAAAUCUUUUCAUAUAUUAUAUUUCAUAUAUUUCCAUGUCAAGUCCAGAGAGACGAAGCACACAAAGCUCAAAUGUGCUAAUAGGAAGAAUGAAGUUGCUCCAGUAGCAGAAAAGUUCAAGAACAUGAAAGGACACAAUCACACACAACAGCUAAAAGAAAAGACGUGGUGUAAAUAAAAGAUAGAAUAAACCUUCAGUUCAGUUGUAGUUGCAGCAUUGUCCGCUAGGUGGCACCGCUCUCACCAUAAAUUUCAUCAUGACUUUAGAAACGUAACACGCUUUUAUAAGUCUGAAAACCAAGUGUGGAUGAAGGCAGUGUGGCUCAAAUCACCUUCUAUUGUUUCCUUCAUUUUAAACCAAUAUAUCAGUCUUUACUGGACAAUAGGGAAGUUCAUUAACUUUAAUAAGCAUGUUUCCUUUGAGAUUAAAGCAAAAUCUAAGACAGACAACACAAAGAUAAAUAAAUGUAGAGGUAAUAAAUAAAAGAGGCAGUAGUAUAGUCGUGGCAGCAUAAUGUAAAAGAUGUGAACAUGAAAAAGUAGCAGGAUGAUAAUUAAAUAAGUAAAUCUUAAUACAGUCAUAUUUUCUGAUGUUUUGUGUUUCAUAACAACAACAAAUUGAAAUAUUAAUAUAAUAUUACUAUAAGGUAAUAAAUCCACUGUUUGUUUUUUUGGUUGAUUGAUUU